CGCACAGUGCGCACGCGCACACAGGGUCGUUGCUCUGACUGGCUGCGUAAGUCGCGUUUUUGCUAAAUGGCGUUGCUGGCGGGUAGGUUGAACCUGAGGAGCUGGCGGGGAGAUGUGCAGCGACUUUCUCAGGGCGGAAUCCGGGACAGAGCUCCUUGCCCGGCUUGAAGGCAGAAGCUCCUUGAAGGAACUAGAACCCAACCUGUUUGCGGAUGAAGAUUCCCCCAUGCACGGUGAUAUUCUUGAAUUUCAUGGUCCAGAAGGAACGGGGAAAACAGAAAUGCUUUAUCAUUUAACAGCCCGAUGUAUACUUCCAAAAUCAGAGGGCGGACUGCAAAUAGAAGUCUUAUUUAUUGAUACAGAUUACCACUUUGACAUGCUGCGGCUUGUGACAGUCCUCGAACAUAGACUCUCGCAAAGCUCCGAGGAAACCAUAAAGCUCUGCCUUGGCAGGUUGUUCCUGGCGUACUGCAGUAGCAGCAUGCAGUUACUGCUCACGCUGCACUCCCUGGAAGCCCUGCUCUGCAGUCACCCUUCUCUCUGCCUUCUCAUUGUGGAUAGCCUGUCAUCGUUUUACUGGAUAGACCGAGUCAGUGGAGGAGAGUGUGUGGCCCUGCAGGAGUCAACGCUGAAGAAGUGCUCUCAGCUCCUAGAGAGGCUUGUCACCGAGUACCGCUUGCUGCUUUUCACAACAACACAGAGUCUAAUGCAGAGAGGCUCAGACUCAGCCGAAGGGCCUUCUUCGUCCAAGCACCCAUGUGAUGGAGACAUGGACUACAGAGCCUAUCUCUGCAAGGCCUGGCAGAGGGUUGUGAAGCACAGAGUCAUCUUCUCGAGAGAGGACGAGGCCAAGAGCAGCCGGUUCUCAUUAGUUUCACGUCAUUUAAAAAGUAACAGUUUAAAAAAACACAUUUUUAUAAUCAGAGAAAGUGGGGUGGAGUUUUGUUGAUCUCUAUCAUCAAAAAGGCUUUUAGGUGCACUAAGGCAAGUCUUUAAAAGUCUUUUAUAGGCUAAAGUGGUUUGAUUCUAAAGCUUUUAAUUCUGGGGAAAUUAAUAUAAACAGUACAGAAAAACUUGGAGCUGUUCUGUCCCCUCCAGGGUGUGGAAGGUCAGUCAGAACAUACUGAACUCCACGGUGCUUGUUUUGAAGCUCAGUACAUGAUACACAUUUCAGACUAGGUCACUUUCUGAGUACUUUAGGAAGGUUCACCGCUCAUCCCUUGGCUCCUUGAGACUGUGGCUGGAGAGGGUGUACAGAGUUGUUAUGUCAAUCAAAGGAAGAAGCACAGGGCCACCUGCUCAACUGCCUCCCUCUGGAAUCUGGAGUGAGCUGGGUGUGGUGGCUGGUGGAUCUCUGUGAGUUCAAAGCUUGUCUGGUCUAUAUAGUGAAUUCCAGGAUAGCCAGAACUACAUAAUGAGAUCCUGUCUCAGAAAGCCAAUCAAUAAACAGAUAGAUAAAUAGAUGAGACUGGAAUGUUUGAGCCUUCCUCCGCUCUCCCCCCAUUUUCCUGUCUUCUACCUGCUCCCCUUCCCCCGAGGAUGUCAUAUAGUUCAGGCAAGUCUUCGUCACAUUUCUGCCUCUGAGGUGGCUCCUUGGAGCCAGCAAGUUUUGAUAAGUUACACUUAAAUUCAAGAUGAGUUUCCAUUAUUUGGGGCUUCAAAUUUUUCAAAGACAGGGAAAUGAUGUACUCAUUUUGGAAUUCUGAAGUUUAUUUUGGAAUGCUCAUCUCAUUAAUUGAUAGAUUCUGAAAGUGUUAAGAGUUAAAUAUUAAUAGUGUUUUCUUCCUUAUUUAGAAUAGCCAGAGAUGCGUUGGAACCGGCUGUUAUUUCCAGCUGUGAGCUGAGGGAAACUCUGGGUGCUAGGUGUCCAUGAAACCCAGAAAGAGUUUGCACUGCUCAGAAGGUUCCUAGUUAAGAUUACUGUUGCCGUGAUGAAACGCUGUCACCAAAAGAAUGUUGGAAAGGGAAGGGUUUAUUGGUUUAUACUUCUAUAUUGUAGUCCAUAUUUGAAGGAAGUCUGGACAGGAACUUAUGAGGGGCAGGAACUUUGAGGCAGGAACCAAUGCACAGUCCAUGGAGGGUGCUGCUCCCUUGUUUGCUCAAUCUGCUUUGUUAUAGAACCCGGACCAUCAUCGUAGGGUGGCCCCACCCACAAUGGACUGAAUCCUCCCUGAUUAAUCAUCAUGCCCUGCAAGCUUGCCUACAGCCUGAUCUUAUGGAGACAUUUUCUCAACUGAAGCUCCCUCCUCUCUGGUGACUCUAUCUAGUUUGUGUCAAGUUGACAUCAAACUAGCCGGCACAGAGUACCUGUCGGAAGAAGGCUUUAGAAAAUCCCUUCACAUGCUCUGACCCAGGGAUAGGCCCACACAUGUGAUGUUCAGACUGACUGCUAUUCUCAAACCUGCUAAUGCCUAUGUCACAAAAUAUCUUGUUUCCCCCUUUGUUCACUCAUAUUACCAGAGGUUUAUGAGUUAAAAAGCAUCCUGUAGAGAAGCUGAGACUAAAUUUCUUCUUUAUGAAGGCACAGCCAUGUAACUUGCUGUCUGUGCCCUGCCUGAGUGCCUAGGCCUGCUUGCACUCACCGCAGGGCUUCUGAGGCUGUCUCUGUAUCUAGAGCCUGCUAGGCUGCCUAUGGACCAGGCUGGACAGCCCUCAAGCAGAGAAGGUAGAAGCUGACUUCUGACUUCCUCGGCCACUGCAAGGACGACAGCCAUUUGUUUCAGUAAUGCUUCCCUUGGUGUAUCCUGUUCCUCAGUUAACUCUUCUCAGAGACUAGGUUUGUGUUCAUCAGUGAGAAGCCUUUUGUUUAAACCCAGGGUCUCACUGUGUAGUUCUAGCUGCCCUCCUGAUUGCAGGUAUUAAAGGUGUGUACCAGUCUGCCUGGCUCAUUAAUGUGAUUUAAAAAAUAGUUUGAAACUAAAAUGCAAUUGCAUAAUUUCCAUAUUCUCUUUCCUACCCCCAGUCCCUACCAUGUACACCACCCACCUUGCUCUCUCAAAUUCACUCAUGUUUCUGGCCUUGUUUUUCUAAUUGUAUAUAAAUAUACAGAUAAUUUAAUUGUAUAUAAAGACACAUACAUUCCUAAAUAUACAGCCUUCUCAGUCCUUAUAAUGUUAUUUGUAUGUAUGUUCUUAGGACUGACUACUAUUGCAUAACCAGUUGGAGUGCUCUUUCCUGGGGGAAACUUUUUCGCCUGCUCUCAACAUUCCUUAGUUGCCUGUAGAUUUUUGUCUAGGGCUGGACUCCAUGAGCUCUCCCCUUCAGUGUUAGCAUGUCUGUUGGUGUUGUCGUUGCUCGGGUCCUGUUUAGGCAGCCAUGUUGAGCUUUCCUGAGCUUUCUAGGAAACAGUCUUACAGCAGACAUCCCACCCUCUGCUCUUACAGUCCUCCUUCUGAGGUGCUCCCUGAGCCUUGGUGCAAGAUGCGUUGUCAAUGGAUGACAGGCAGGGCACCGCAUGCCCACUUCUUCUCUUCCUCUUGAUCUCGUGGUUUUCAGUAGUGGUUUCUGUUGCAAAGAGACGUUUCUUUGUUGAGGGAUGAGAGCUGUACUUAUCUUUGUAUAUUUACAAUGCACAGAGGAAUUAUGCUGCUUUAAUAAAUGAUUUAUUAAUAUAAA